AAUACAAACCCUGAGCACACCCCACACUAAAUCACAUAUGAACCCUUUGCUGUUAGGCUAGAUAGAGGAUCUGGGUUACACGCAGGGAAUGGCCGGUAAUGGGGUCCCUCGCAAGCUUUAGUCCGCACACUCUGCCCGUGACAUCACACUCCCUGACGUCACACACACACAGCCUGGCCGAGCAUCAGUCCGAGAAGAUGCGCUAAUGUGCCUAGUGCGCAUGCGCGUCUCUCAGCAGCAGCACAGGAGGGAUCGAGCUAAUGCUGCCCGUGUCUCUCAUCCUCGCUCCUCACACCAUUAUGCCAGGGGAAGCCUCCCGAGGGCACCGAGAUGCUGAAUCAGGAUUAUCACCGUUUGCAUCCACUGCCUCAACUCCUAGUGGUGACCCCACAACGCCCAAAGUUUUAAGCCCACUGCGAGAUUGUCUUCUGUUGAGCCCAGAACACGAUGCAGAGAGAGACCUGGAUCCCUCAUGUCUACAAGGCAAGGAGGUAGACAGGCCUCAGCCUGAAGGGGCAAGCAGUGAAACACCUCCAGGGGGCUCUGCCACUAGUCAGCACCUGCCCUUUGAGGUUUCUAAGGAACCUGAAGAGCAAGACAGUGAAGAUAUUCACAGAGAACAAAUCAACACCGAGGUACUAAGGCCAGACAUGCUCGAUACCAGAAUUGUGAUGGGUGAAGAGACUUCUUGUAACAGCGAGGAGACAGGCACUGUAAAUAAACUGCUUGGCCUUAUUACUGAACAUGAAGCAGUUUCGGAUACUUUGGAAGAUGAGGUGAUCUCAUGUUAUCCAAAAGCUGAACUUUCUGGACAGAUUUUUGAGCAGCUUGGCAUUAAACACAUUUUUGUGUCUGAUUCUUCUGAUGAAAUGCGCUUGGAAUAUAAUGGGUCUAGAAUAGAUUAUUCUCUGAAGGAAAGUUUCUUUUCACAAGGUGAAGCAGUAACCGAUGUGCCUUUAUUAUUUCUGGAACCCACCAAAAAGUCACCCUGCAAUCUUGAGUGCGAGAUGCAGUCCUCACAGAAUAGGCAUGCAUACAUUGUAGAUUCAGACAGAUACACUACUGCUCCUUCCAGUCCAAUCAAAACCCUUUAUUCACACCUUAAGCACCAUACAUGUUCAAGAUACAGCCUCAGAGAAGACCAUAAUGACCCAGACAAUGACAGUUUAUGUUCUCCCCCAACAUCCCCCUCUGGAUCCUAUAUUACUGCUGAAGGUAGCAGCUGGGCUUCUUCUGCUGCUUCUGGUUCUCCAUCAUGCUCUCCAAAUAUGAUGGCUGAAGGAGAAGCAAUGGAAACUUCCACUGCUUAUUUAGAUCCGUCAACUACACAUGAGGAAGGUAUGUACGAAGAUCCAUGCUGUAUGUCUCCUGACAUACUAGAAGAAGAAGAUAUCCCUGAAUUUUAUGAUCUUAAUUUAGAAGAUGAAAACAUGCAUGCCGUCAACAAAGUGGUCACUGAUGGCGGUCAAAGCGAUGUUCAAUCCAGUGAAGAAGAAGAAGAUGAAUGGGAAACGGAUUUUGCUCCAUCAUUUACCAGUAUUCCACUGUGUACAGAGUAUGUUAACACAGCUGCUUCCGAAUCUUUCUCUCCAUCUUAUGAGCAUGACCAGGAACCUCUGUCCAUGGAGAGCUGCUCUCCAGAAACUCAGGCAACCUUACAGGCAGCGAACACAGAUGACCUGCAUUCUGAAAUUUCAGGUGUCAUCCCACAGUGUGUUGAAAAUGAUCUCAUGAUUCCUGCCUUCAUGCUACCAUUCCAUGGAAGUUUAAUAUUUGAAGCAGAGUCAGUGGAAAUCACCUUGUUCCCUCAAGGAGAGUCAGCAGAGAGUGAGGUGGUGUAUGGAGAAGCGAAUGAUGACAGCACCUCUGCCUCCUUUCUUCAUUCUUUGUCAGAGACUUCCAUAAAUGAAGGUGUAGACGAAUCCUUUGCUUAUCAAGAUGACACAUCAGAGUCCUCAGAUUCUGCAUCUUAUGAUGGAGAAGAGGAUGAGAAACGGUACAGCACAGAACAGUAUGCUGUGACAAAUGAUUCUGCCUCCCUAAAUGUAGAGGCUCCUGAAGAAACCGAACACAACUGUUUAGAUUCUAGCUGUGAGAGUGAGAUGGAGACAUCUUCUGAUCUGACUGAAUAUGAUGGUGAAGUUGGGGUCCUUGGACUUGCCUUGGAUACUGAAGAUCUUCAAAGAGGAAAAGAACAUGUCGUGGAGAAGGUGAGUUCCAGUUUUGAUACUGUUAAUGAAGCUUCCAAUAGCAGUAAAGAAAAAGAAACAUCAUCACAAUCAGACUCAAAAGAAACCCCUCAGGAAAGUGCAAGUGAGGCUGAAGACUCCGAUACAAGCAAUAUUACUGAGCACAUUUCAGGCUCUCAGAUUAGGAGCUCUGUCCCUGAGACUGAAUCUCAGCUUUUAAGUCCUGCACAGAAAAAGGAAGAAAGGAGGUCAUGGUCUGAAAGCCCAGUAGAACAACAGUCUAUAUCAUCAGGAUUAGAUGUCCUGAAUGUAGGAACUGAUAACAUCGGCGAAAGCCUAAUCGCAUGUUUUGAUACUGAUGAAGAGCUGGAUUCAUUACCCCCUCUGAACACAGUGGCACAAAGUAUUAGGGAAAACAGUCAACAGCAUGAGCAAAGUGGAAGGCAAUCAUCACUAGCUAUUAAUGUGACCGAAAAUGUAUAUCAGUUCUCCUCUGAGGGUGAAGAUAGUGGCUCUUUUGAAGAAGGUGAAUUACAAAGUAAUGUGCAUGUUGCAGAAGCCUCCAAGACAGAGACAUCAAUGUCUUGUAUUCUGGAGACACGUGACAAAGAAAAUCAAGACAAGUCCUUGUCAAACGUAGAAGAGCUUUCUGAGACAGAACAUACAUUGCCCCAAGAUGCACAAAAGAGCAGAGCAGAGGAACUGGCUGAAGACUCAGGUGAUGACCAAGAAAAUGUCAGUUCUCUUGACCGGCAGGCUAUACUCACUCAGAUAUACACACAGCAAACAGAAGUUGAAGUCGAUUAUAAUAUAAACCAAACACCCUGUGGCUCAGAUUCUAUCCUGUCUGCAGGUUUUAUGGAAGACACCAUGGCAGGAAAAUCAAACCAAGAUCCCAACGAGUUAUUGGCAGAGCCAACUUCAUUGGAUUACAGUCACACCCUUUUUAAUACUCAUAGAGAAUCAUCUAUAAAAGCAGAUAAUCAAGCUUGUUUUAUAGGUUUACCCUGUGAGACGAGCAAGGUACAAAUUAAGUCCACAUCUGGGACAGAAAACGAUAACGUUACAUUACGAAGCAACUCUACACCCACCAGUCACUCCCGGUCAGAGGAAAGCAGACCAGACCUGAAAGAGAAUAUGUUGGUUUGCAAUAAAGAACAAGAAGCCCACACUGAAGAUAAACACUCAGCAGCUACGUCACUUGUGGAUGAUAAGAAAGGUACAACUAAAGUACAGGUUGAAGUUGAGCUGUUAGAUCCAGCGACUGUAUCUUCCGAGCUCUGUGUAAAUAAUCUGAUAGUUCCAAAUACAAUGGGCAAAUGUCCUUAUGCCUUUAAGACUGAAGAGUGUGGCAAACUUACCCGUUCAUUGAAGCAGCAGAAUAUAUGCAAUGAGAGAAAGGUACAGCCUGGAAAUUGGAGUCAAGCAGAAUAUGGAGCUGUGAGUCUGGGAAUUGAACAGCAUGUGUCCGAAAAAAUCCCAGAUCAAGGGCACGCUGCAAAAGGUAUACCAGUGCAUAGUGGUACUGACAACUCUGUACAUAUUCAGGAUGAUAAUGCACCUACCUCCAAAGAACCUCACAUAUACCUUACAAGUACAUCACAUGUAGAUAAUGAAAAUUUACAUAGGCCCAAUACUCUUUUAGAUUACAAAAAUGAAAAUGUUGAAGUCAAAGGCAAUAUAAUAGUGAAUGAAAAGGAUGGUCCUGAAGAGCCACUAGAUAUACAUUUGACUUCAGAGGAUUGUGCAAGGAGUACAAGAAAAGCAAACAGUGCACUGGAAAGGGGGGGCAUGAGUGAGGGUUCUGGCCAAUAUCUCCAACCCUGUUCCCCAGUCUGUGAGACCAAAACAUCACAGUCCCCAAAGGUAUCCAAAGAGUAUAAUGAACAGGGCGAAGAAGAUGGAGAUAGUGCUCGCUCAUUGACAAAUAGCGAUGCUUUACUUUUAGAAGAUAAUCAUCCAGUAGAUACCUAUGCUAUUGUUUGUAGAAGGUCAGAGGAACAGAGAACAAAGGAAAAAGACAUAAAAGACUCGGUAUCUUGUAAGAGAGAUUCUCAAAAAUGUUCAGUUGACUUUUUGGAGAAGGAUGAAAAACUUGGAACAAAACAAAGAGAGCUGUUCAGUGACAUUGACGAAAUGGCACAAUUACUGCAAGGGUCCUUUGGUAAACUGAACCCUCUGGAUCUCAGCGUUAGGUCUGCCAGUACAGAAAAAGUGAUAUCAAAACCAUCAGCCAAAACUGAAGAAAUAGGUGGGAAUAGCAAGUCAAUGUCCAAUUUACCAGUAGAUGAACAGAGUGUGGGUGAAAAAUGGCAGCCUACAAAGAUACUCCAUGUUUGUUCACAUGAGGGAGGAGCUGAUGUUCAGAAGAACAAAUGUCCAUUAAGUGAGGAGGAUGACCACAAGAGGGCUGUAGCUGUUCCCUCUAAUGGAGGUGAGGCAAGGAAGGGUAAAAGAAACAAUUAUGCCGACCAAGGUAAAAAAAUAUCUUUGAAAUUUAAAGACAAACCUGAUCCAUGUAGUGUAUCAGGAAGCAAAAUUCCUGACAGAGGGCCAAGUAAUGAAUCAGUAGAUGAAGUGAAAUCCAGGUUACUUAGUAGGGUGCUACAUGAGAAGGAUCAAUGCAAAGUGCCACACCCUGUUAAGUUGGUGGACUCUGAGCAUAAGUAUCAUCUGCGUGGAAGCCCCAAGCCUGUGUCUCUUACCCACAAUCCUUCAGACAAUCCUGAGUAUACCUGCUUUAGCAUCAAUAACGAACCUCCACCAAUCUGCUCCAUGUCUGACUGCAUCACGCAGGAGAUGAAGAAAGUUGAACCAAUUGCAUCUUCCAUAGAGACCAAAAGAGAACCUGAGAAAUUGUUCUUUGGAAAGGAUCACAACAAAACCCUAUCAGCGCUCUCUCAGCCCAGUUGCAAGUCCCCUGAUGUAAGUACUAAUAAGUGUCAUGGAGGGAGUUAUGAAGAGCCUGUGGGGAAGAAAAGCCUUCUCACUUUUCAUCCACCGGAUCCCAGCUCUUCCAGUGAGAGCGAGUUGACGUCAGGUGGGCCAGAGAUGCCCUCGCUCAGGGAAACAUCAGCAGUGACGUUCCUUGGUAUCACCAAACCAGGCCCCAGGCAGAGAGGCUGUGAGUCACUUAAUCACAGAGGUUCCUGCAAUGACUCAGAGAGCAACGAUGAAUCGCUUCCGGAACUUGAGGAGCCACAUGUAACAGAGCCACUUACUUCAUCCAGUCAGAACCAGCUGGCUCACUGUGUGGCCCCUGGGGAAGAAUCGAUGAGCAAAGCCAAGCAGAGCCGCAGUGAGAAGAAAGCCAGGAAGGCCAUGUCCAAGCUGGGGCUCCGUCAGAUACAUGGAGUCACCCGCAUCACCAUCAGGAAGUCCAAGAACAUUCUGUUCGUCAUCACAAAGCCGGACGUGUUCAAGAGCCCCGCCUCUGACAUCUACAUUGUGUUCGGGGAAGCCAAGAUUGAAGACUUGUCGCAGCAAGUGCACAAAGCAGCGGCCGAGAAGUUUAAAGUCCCCAUGGAACACUCCCCUCUGAUCACCGAGACCACGCCCACCCUGACAAUAAAAGAGGAGAGCGAGGAAGAGGAGGAGGUGGAUGAGACGGGCCUGGAGGUGCGAGACGUAGAACUGGUGAUGGCUCAGGCCAACGUGUGUCGUGCCAAGGCCGUGCGGGCACUCGCCCACAACAACAACGACAUUGUAAAUGCCAUCAUGGAACUAACCAUGUAGCAGUCAGUGUGCCCUCCAGCUCCUGUAUAGACACAGUUACUCCAGCUCCAUGUUAGACCUGCAUUUAUUCCUACUAGGCUGCAACUUAUCAGCGCUGCCCAAUAAACUGCCUGAUAAUCCCAA